AUGGUGAAAACAGGUGGCGACGGCAUGCAGUGCCAAGGGACGGAGGGAACAAAGGUCACCCCAGUGCUUGCUCUCUUCAGGUGCAGUCCGUCUCCAAGGUGCUGCGUGCCCACCAAGCAGACACAGACACAGCAAAGCAGAUCCCCCCACAAAAGGCUGACCAUCACCAUGUCAACAGAACUAAGUGCCAAAGUCACCAAGACUCUGAACAAAACCACACCGGGACUCCAGAUAUGGAGAAUUGAGAACAUGGAGAUGGUGCCUGUGCCACCCAAAACAUAUGGGAACUUCUAUGAAGGAGAUGCUUAUGUCCUUCUCUCGACACAUAAGACUGGGAACAACUUCACUUAUGACAUCCACUACUGGCUGGGCAAUUCGUCAUCUCAAGAUGAGCAGGGCGCAGCUGCUAUCUACACUACCCAGAUGGAUGAGCACCUAGGUGGGGUAGCAGUACAGCAUCGUGAGGUCCAGAACUAUGAGAGCGACGGCUUCCGGAGCUACUUCAAACAGGGCCUAAUCUAUAAGAAGGGUGGAGUGGCCUCAGGCAUGAAGCACGUGGAGACCAACACAUACAAUGUGCAACGGCUGCUGCAUGUCAAAGGCAAGAAGAAUGUGGUGGCUGGAGAAGUAGAGAUGAGCUGGAGGAGUUUCAAUCUUGGGGAUGUCUUUCUGCUGGACCUAGGGAAGCUCAUCAUCCAGUGGAAUGGUCCUGAGAGCAACCGCAUGGAGCGGCUGAAGGGAAUGAAUCUUGCCAAGGACAUCCGUGACCGGGAGCGUGGGGGCCGAGCGCAGGUAGGUGUGGUGGAUGGUGAGGAUGAAGCUGCCUCUCCUGGGCUCAUGAAGGUCCUGACAUAUGUGCUGGGGGAGAAGAGGGACAUCCAGCCAGCCAUCUCAGACACCGUGGUGGACCAGAAGGUGAAAUCCGCCCUCAAGCUCUACCAGGUCUCUGAUGUUGAAGGGAACCUACUCAUCCAGGAAGUUGCUAUCCAGCCCCUUACCCAGGACCUCCUCAAGCAUGAGGAUUGCUACAUCCUGGACCAGGGUGGUGUGAAGAUCUUUGUGUGGAAGGGCAGGUGCUCCAGCAAGGAAGAGAAGCAGCAGGCAAUGACACGGGCCCUGGGUUUCAUCAAGACAAAGAACUACCCACCCAGCACUAGUGUGGAGACAGAAAACGACGGCUCUGAAUCAGCUAUCUUCAGGCAGCUCUUUCAGAAAUGGACUGUCCCUAAUCAAAGUACUGGCUUUGGCAAGACCAACACAGUUGGAAAAGUAGCCAAAGUGGAGCAGGUGAAGUUUGAUGCCACCACCCUGCACGCCAAGCCUGAGAUAGCUGCUCUGCACAAGAUGGUGGAUGAUGGCUCUGGAGAGGUAGAGGUCUGGCGAAUUGAGGACUUGGAAUUAGCACCAGUGGAGGGUCGCUGGCUUGGUCAUUUCUACAGUGGUGAUUGCUAUCUUAUCCUCUACAAAUAUCUAGUCUCCAGUAAGAUCCAUUACAUGAUCUACAUUUGGCAGGGCCGCCACGCCAGCCAUGAUGAGAUCACUGCCUCUGCUUACCAGGCUGUCAUUCUGGACCAACAGUAUAAUGGUGAACCUGUGCAGGUGCGAGUGUCCAUGGGCAAGGAGCCUGCACAUCUUAUGGCCAUUUUCAAGGGGCGCAUGGUGGUAUAUGCGGGUGGUACCUCCCGAAUGGGCAGCACAGCUCCAGUGCCCUCCAUCCGCCUUUUCCAGGUCCAUGGGACCAAUGAGUUCAACACCAAGGCCUUUGAGGUGCCUCCGCGGGCUUCCUCCCUCAAUUCUAAUGACGUCUUUAUCCUCAAGACUCAGAGUUGCUGCUACCUCUGGUACGGGAAGGGUUGCAGUGGAGAUGAGAGGGAGAUGGCCAGGAACGUGGCUGACCUGAUCUCCAAGACUGAGAAAGCAGUGAUAGCAGAAGGGCAGGAGGCUGCAGAAUUCUGGGUUGCUCUGGGUGGAAAAUCUCAGUAUGCCAACAGCAAAAGAUUACAAGAGGAAACAAUGGCCAUCACACCUCGGCUCUUUGAGUGUUCCAAUAAGACCGGACGUUUCCUUGCCACAGAGAUCACAAAUUUUACUCAAGAUGACUUAGAAGAGGAUGAUGUGUUCUUGCUGGAUGCCUGGGACCAGGUUUUCUUCUGGAUUGGCAAAGAUGCAAAUGAGGCUGAGAAAGAGGCAGCAGCUGUAACCGCCCAGGAGUACCUGCGGACUCACCCAGGUGGACGUGACGUUGACACUCCCAUUGUGAUUGUGAAACAAGGCUAUGAACCUCCAACAUUCACUGGCUGGUUCCUAGCAUGGGAUCCGCUCAGAAGGACAGACAAGAAAACCUAUGAAGAGCUGAAAGCUGAACUUGCAGAUGAUGACAGCCUGGGCCAGUUUACUUCUGAAAUCCUUGAGGCAAAAGAAGUCUUCACUGCCAACACGACCUUGGGCAACCAGUCAUUCUGUACAUACCCUCUGGAGAAACUGGUGAAUGUGCCUGUGGAGGAGCUACCCAAGGAUGUAAAUCCUGGCAGGAAGGAGGACUACUUGUCAGAAGACGAUUUUCUUGCUGUCUUUGGAAUGUCCCAACACAACUUUGCUGCACUUCCUCCAUGGAAGCAACAGUCUCUCAAGAAGGAAAAAGGACUCUUCUGAAUGUAAUCUUUCUGCUGUCAUUGCCUUCAAGUAGAUGAAUAUUUUUACUUAAAUAAAG